UCCGACAGUCACCAUGGCCGCCUCCAUCCGCGCCAACUGCAGAAAGGUUGUCUGCAUUGGCCGUAACUACGCCGACCACAUCACAGAACUUAACAACACCAAGCCCAAGCAGCCCUUCUUCUUCCUGAAGCCUACCUCCUCCAUCCUUCUUCCAGGCGAGGGCCCCGUGCUGCGUCCCAAGGGCAUCAACCUGCACUAUGAAAUCGAGCUCGGCGUUGUGAUGGGCCGGACCGUUCGUGACUUGGACCCGACAGAUGAGAAGGGCGCUCUGGAUGCGAUCGAGAGCUACGUUCUUGCUAUCGACAUGACCGCCCGGAACGUUCAGGAGGAAGCGAAGAAGAAGGGCCUCCCCUGGUCGAUCGCCAAGGGGUUCGACACCUUCCUCCCUAUCUCGGAGGAGAUCAGCAAGGCACGCCUCCCCAACCCUCACGACGCCUUCCUGGAGCUCAAGGUCGGAUCCGACGUCCGCCAGUCCGACUCGACCAGCCUGAUGCUCUACCAGAUCCCCCGGCAGCUGGCCGAGAUCUCGCGCGUCAUGCAGCUCGAGAAGGGCGACAUCAUCCUCACCGGCACGCCCAAGGGCGUCGGCCCCGUCGUCUCCGGAGAUAUCAUGACUGCCACCAUCUCCGUCGGUGGCCAGGAGAUCUCCGAGGGUAGAAUCGAGGUCGCCGUUGAGGAUAGCACCGGCGCCUACGAGUACAAGGAGACCUAAAUGGAGAUCCUUCUCUGUUUUUUAGAUCUUCUCAUCUGUAAAUAUUCACAGAACGCUGAAAUACAGACAUACAUAGUACAUGAUCAACCGAAUAUCGUAAAGUAAGAAAAGGGAAAAAAAAAGGAACAAUAAACCCCGCCAAACAUAAGCCAUAAGUCAUUAUCAUUAUCAUCAUCCCAUGUCAAGACGUGAUUCGUAUCCAGACCCCUCACCACUCCUCGUCAGGGGGAACGAUA